GGCCAUCGAAACCAAGACAAUUUACCGAUGAGUCCUUUGUUAAGGCAAAAAGUCUGUUGGAGUUGGAUGACUUUAUACUCGUAAGAACUUUCUGCAGAGAACAUUGGCAAGACACUGAGUGGAAGAAAGACUUUCAGGUGUAGACAUGUCUUAUAUUCCUCCACAUAAGCGACACUCUAAGGAUCCAAACAGACCCUCGCCUGUUCCAGAUUCUCUUGUAACAAAACUCAAGAACAACCAUGACUUCAAGAGUAGCAGUGAUAAAAUCAACCGUGUUACAUGUUCAGAAAAUUUCAUUUCCAAAUGGCUUCUGGUUGGUUCAAAUGGCAUCAAGGAUGAGCUUCCUGCAUCUGUUGAUCUUGUGCCCUUUUCCUCGGAUUCUGUCGAAUGCGUAAAUGGAGAAAGGCCUUUGGUACUGAUGAACAACGACUUCCAAAAAGCGAGCGAGCAAGAAGAGAGAGCUCAGUGGCUGUUAAUAGCAGAGAAGGUGGAAGAGGAUCUUGUGUUGUCAUACGAGCGAGCCAAGACUUCAGUAGAGGAGAAUCAACAUGUAUUGAGAUUGGUUGCUAGGUUUGGUAAAAUUCUCCUCUGCAAGAGGAAACCUAGUCCUCUAGCUGAAUUCUCACAGAAAAACUUGAAGAAGAUGUUCUCUACAGAUGUCCCAACUUCUAACUUGCAACACAUAAUGUCUAAGGUCGUACCAAGCCAUGACUUCUCUAUUGACUUGGAAAAGGAAACAUACACUGUGAAGGUAUCGCAUUACAGUCGCCCCACUGAAACAAUCAACUGUAAGUGUACAGUUAAGGAAGAUGGACGGCUCAGUAUGUACAAGGCCGAGCUUGAUGUUGUACGGCAUUUUGUUGUUGAUAUGUCAUGCAUUGAUACGAGUGUCGACUUGAGGCUGAUGCUAGCUGCCAAAAGGAAAAUGACUGCUCUCACCGAGAAGGAGAUAAGUGACAUUAAGGGGCUGCUGGAUUCAGCAACUGUUGAUCCAAACGUGAAAGGCGGUUUAAGGUGGCCGUUUGGUAAAUCUUCAUCUGGAGAUGGAUACAGAAUAUUUGAGGUUUGUCACGUUAGAGCUACUAUCUACAAAAACCAGACUCUCAGGCUUAGGGUUAGAGAGACUGAUAGAUUCAAUGAGAGGACUGGAACAGGAGCAGUCAAGAGGGAGGUGACCUUGAUACUUAAAGAUGUCAACACUAAGUUACAGGAGCAGAACAUUGUGAGGGGUUCUGUUAUGGAAAUGCUUCGCGAUGCUCUUGGAACCAUAUGGGACUUUAUGCAUUGUGAUGCCUCCUCUCUUACGUAACUAAGAAGGCGUGUGAUGUUGCUAAUACUAUUGGUUUUCUCUUUUACUUUGUCCUGAUUUUAGUACAAUAACAAUGUUAAGGGGGUUGAACUUGCGUGUGAAAGAAGAAGUUGUGUGUUUGUUGCACCUAA